AUGAACAAAGUUUUGAAAUCUCAUAAACACAAUAUCUCCGAUAUAAAUGAACUUCAAGCUACAUUAAAUAGUAAAGCUGACAAGAACCAUACACAUGAAUCCUUCACUACUGUUAGAGCAGACGACAUAAUAUUGAACUAUACCCUUGGUUCAAGUGCACCUUUAGAGAAUCCAAGUACAAGCGUAAAAGAUACACUAAACUCCUUAAAUAGUAAAUGUAUGAACAUUGAAGGUCAUGUCAGAAACUUUGAAACACAUGAACUACCAGCAAUGUUAGAUAAGAAAGCUGACAAAGAACAUACACAUAACUCCUUCUCAACUGUUGCUAUAGAAAGUAUUGAAGGAACGGUUGGCGGAACUGGUGGGGAUGCAUUAUAUUAUAAACCUCCUAACUUUCCACAAGGUUUAACAUCGAAUGAAAACAUAACAACGAAGAAAGAAAUUAGCUGUAAAGAUGUUUAUGUCAUGGAUGAUGAAAAUAAUGUUAAAUUCACUGCUCAAGAUUUAUAUGAUAAGAAAGCAGACAAAACAGAGCUUCAAACAUUAAAGACUGAAAUACUUCAAACAUUAUAUCCUAUAGGCUCUAUUUAUACGUCAAUGAACUCAACAAAUCCAGCAAGUGUUUUAGGUUUUGGUACAUGGAAGCAGAUUGUAGACAAAUUCUUAUACUGUGCUAGAUAUUCAAAGCAAACAGGAGGUUCGAAGAAAAUUAAAGAAGCAAACCUUCCACCGCACACUCAUACAGGAACGACAAACUUUUCUGGCGACCAUAGCCACUCAUUAAGAGACCACCCAUUAUACAACUCAGAGUAUGAAGCUGGCCAUGACGUUUUAUCUCCAUCUUAUAACAAUUCAGCAAAAAAGAUUUUUCGACAAACUGAACCAGGAGGAAAUCAUUCACACACUUUCACAACAAAUCCAACAGGCUCGGGUGCAGAUUAUAUGCCACCAUUUGUGACUAUAUUCGCAUGGUACCGCGUUCAAUGA